GGGUAAAAGCUCAGAUGAUAGUCUCUACCCUACUGGGAUCCUAUUUUAGGGUCACAGAUAUGAUAGCAGUCUCAAAGUCCUUAUUUAUGUAUUUGGGUCACAGCACUCCCUUUCCCCACCCCUGCAGCACGCUGUCACAUGACACCCAUCUCGUGAUGCAGCAUGCAGCACUUUCCAACACAGAGCCAGGCGUCUGGCUGAACCAGUUCAGCCUCUGAGGAAUGUGUUUGUGUAAGUCUGAUGGCUGCACUUUGCCCGGCCCCUUUGCUGGGAAUCAUUACGACCUGACUCAGUGUUUCAGGAAAAACAACCUCCUGAGAAAGACAAAGACCUCGUUGAGUGAAUCAGCACAUGAAAAGACACAAACCUGCCAGGGUGAUCGGAGCGGCUUGGACGGGACGCUCAGUUCCACGUCAACAGAAUGGAUCUGGUCAAACAUUUAGGCGGCUGCCACUGUGGAGCGGUCAGAUUUGAAAUCUGGAGCUCGCCAGACCUCCAUGUUUUUGACUGCAACUGCAGCAUCUGCACCAAGAAACAAAACCGUCACUUCAUUGUCCCGAAGAGUCGCUUCAAAAUCUUGCAGGGGUCGGAGAAUCUAACCACGUACACGUUCAACACCCACGUUGCUCAACACACCUUCUGUAAGACCUGCGGGGUACAAAGUUUCUACUCUCCUCGCUCCAACCCCGAUGGAUAUGGUGUUGCCCCACAUUGUUUAGAUCCAGGGACUGUCCGCAGCGUGACGUUGGAGAAGUUUGACGGAGAGAAGUGGGAGGAAACUAUGCAAAGUCACAAGACCAUCAGAGACAUGUCCAAACCUGUCCAGAAUAGUCCUUCAGCAGAGACGCACAGCUGAGAGAACCAGAAUAACUGCAGAGAGAAUCAGAAUAACAUCAGAGAGAAUAACAUCAGAGAGAAUCAGAGUAACAUCAGAGAGAAUAACAUCAGAGAGAAUCAGAAUAACAUCAGAGAGAAUAACAUCAGAGAGAAUCAGAAUAACAUCAGAGAGAAUCAGAAUAACAUCAGAGAGAAUAGCAUCAGAGAGAAUCAGAAUAACAUCAGAGAGAAUAACAUCAGAGAGAAUCAGAAUAACAGCUGAGAGAAUCAGAGACACACUUCCUGUGAUAGAGAAUCAAACAUAUUUUAAUCAGCAGGACAUCAGAGACAUGGUAAAUGGUCAUUUCAACAAUCAUUAGUGUUGGUUCAUCUUUACAGUGUCACGACUGAAGACAAUAAAAAGCUUCUCUGUCACGUUUACAA